AAUAGUUGGAUAGUCAUCUUCUUCAAUUUGAGGUUCACAAGGGUCUUCUGGUUCUCAUCAUUGUGCAGAAGAUUUCUCUCAAGUUGCAUUCAGAGGAAGGGGAUCAUCUUCGGUUUGAGCUUCCUUCUAAAUGGUCUGGGAGUCUUCAAAGGUCUUUCCUCGAAAGCCUCUUACCUUGUUAAUGCUGCCUUAUCAAAUGACUUUUCAAAUUUGCCACCACUUAUCAGAUCUGACUUCUCAGCUUUGUCUCAUCAUCUACUUAUCAGAUCUGCCUCUUUAGUUCCCUUCGAAGAUAACUUAUCAAAUGGUCUCUCAGCUCGAUAG